AUGUCUGUCUAUAUGCGAAGCAUAUUAUAUAUUCGGCGUUUUCAUAUAGUAAAUCCUAGAUCUAAAUUAAGUACGUUUGCGUUUGGGCACCGUACAAUAGCUACUUCUGUGGCAAGGCUGGCAACAGAAUCUAAAGUAAAAUCUAAUGAAGCUGCGAGUAAGGCGUAUAGUGAUACUUUACUCUUACCUAAAACAAAUUUUCCGCUUCGAGCGGAUGCUGCAAAACGCGAAAUUACUUUUAGAAAACGAUGCACUGAAGAUUUAUACCUAUGGCAGCUAGAACACAAUCCAAAAGAGUUAUUUAUACUACACGAUGGUCCACCGUAUGCGAAUGGAAACUUGCAUAUAGGGUGGGACUGUCAUGGACUACCAAUUGAAUUGAAGGCGCUUUCAGAGCUCAAAGCAGACGGUACUGUUUUAUCACCUAUGGAAAUAAGAAAGAUUGCGCGUGAGUGCGCGUUGAAAGCAAUCGAAACGCAGAGACAAGAUUUUAUGAGUUGGGGUAUUAUUGGCGAUUGGGAUAACACUUACAGGACAUUAGAUAAAGAGUAUGAAGUACGUCAGUUAAAAGUAUUUCACGCAAUGGUAAAAAAAGGUUAUAUUUAUAGACAAAAUAAGCCUGUGUAUUGGUCUCCGUCGUCGAGAACGGCUUUGGCUGAAGCAGAAUUAGAAUAUCGCGAUGAUCAUGAAAGUCGCUCUGUUUAUGUGAAAUUUCCUGUGGACAAAUUUUCAACGAGUUUAUCAGGAAUUAUUCCUGAAAAUAAUUCAAUUUUUGCAUUAAUAUGGACUACAACACCAUGGACACUUCCUGCUAAUCAGGCAGUUGCAAUAAAUCCCAAAAUUAUAUAUUCGAUUGUUAAAGUUGACUUUACAUCGAAUAAAGAAUAUUGUAUUGUUGCUAAAGAGAGAUUGAAUACAUUGCAACAGAUUCUCGGUUUCGAAAGUUUUGAUUUUAUCGCGGAGUUUCCAGGCUCGGCAUUGAUCGGAACCGAAUACAAACACCCAAUAACCAAAAACCUGCAUAAUAUAAUUGCAGCUUCCCAUGUAACCUCAGAAUCGGGUACUGGUUUGGUUCACAUCGCUCCCGGGCAUGGAAUGGAUGAUUAUGAAGCUUGCAGAGAAUUGAAUUUAGCUACAUUUUGUCCGGUUGAUGAUUUUGGAAGAUUUACCUCUGAAGUUGGAGAAUCGUCUUUCGAGGGUAAAGCUGUGCUAACAGAAGGAACCACAGCUGUCAUUGAAUAUUUAAAUGCAAACAAUAUAUUAUUAAAAGAACAAAAAUACACUCAUAAAUAUCCUUAUGAUUGGAGAACAAAGAAACCGAUAAUUUUGAGAGCUACAUCGCAAUGGUUUGCCAAUGUCAAAGAUAUACAACAAAAAGCUAUAAUGUCAUUGGCUAAUGUAAAAAUGUAUCCCGAGAGCGCGCUUCAUCGUCUCGAGAGUUUUAUUAAAUCUCGGAAUGAAUGGUGCAUUUCCCGACAACGUUCAUGGGGUGUUCCUAUUCCCGUCUUGUAUGAAUCAGAAACCGAUGUUGCAUUGUUGACUGAUAGUUCGGUGCAACAUAUCAUUGAAAUCAUUAAAAUGCACGGAUCUGAUGGAUGGUGGACGUCUGAUGAACAGGAAUUAGUUGCACCUGAAUACCGCGACAAUGGUAUAACAUAUAAGCGCGGCAUUGAUACUAUGGAUGUAUGGUUUGAUAGUGGUGUAUCUUGGACUCUAAUUGAAGAAAUGUUUAAAAGAUCUGGAAAUGAACCCGUAGCCGACUUAUACUUGGAGGGAAGCGACCAACAUCGUGGAUGGUUUCAAUCAUCUCUAUUAACAUCAAUCGCGGUUUCUGAUAAACCACCUUAUUCAACAAUAAUCACCCACGGAUUUAUCUUGGAUGAGAAAGGACGAAAAAUGUCAAAGUCUUUAGGGAACGUGGUGGAACCUAAAACAAUCACGCAAGGUGGAAAGAACCGGCAAACACAUCCUCCGUAUGGCACAGAUAUAUUGAGACUUUUGGUCGCGUCAUCUGAAUACACAAAGGACGUAAAUAUUGGAAAAACAUUUUUGAGUCAAGUGAUUGAUAAUAUGCGUAAAUAUCGUAAUACGGCGCGUUUCAUGCUUGGAAAUUUGAAUGACUUUAAUUAUAAAGAUCAAGUGGAAACUGAAUCGUUAAAACCGAUUGAUCGUUACUUGCAACAUCAAUUAUACCAUUUCGGUGAACAAGUUAAUCAAGCAUAUGCAGAAUUUUCAAUAAGCCAUAUUGUUCAAGCGCUUAAUAAUUUUACGAAUGCCAACUUGUCCGCAUUUUAUUUCGAAAUUGUGAAGGAUCGAUUAUACGCAGAUCACGCCGGUAGCUUGAGCCGGCGAGCUGUACAAACAGUUCUUUAUCAAAUUUUAAAUGUGUAUACGUUAUCGCUUGCACCUAUUGUGCCACAUCUUGCCGAAGAGAUUUAUGAAAACUACAAAAUCAUUGGGUCUAUUCCACAUAAUAGCGUUUUUCAACUUGGCUGGUAUCAUUUGGAAAAAGAAUGGAAUAAUCCCUCAAUUGCAAGUGAAUUUGAAAUUUUAAAGGAUCUACGAAGUGAAGUUAACUAUUUGUUAGAAAUGGCUAGACAAGACAAGUAG